GUGUGGUUCUUGGCGCUCAAUGGGGCGAUGAGGGGAAAGGAAAACUGGUUGACAUCUUAGCGCAGGAUGCGCAGGUUUGCGCACGCUUCAACGGUGGUGCAAAUGCAGGGCACACGUUGAUUGUUGAUGGCAAGAAAUAUGCUUUCCACUUGCUGCCGUGCGGCAUGAUCAACCGGGCGUGCAAGAACAUCAUCGGGAAUGGUGUCGUGGUGCACAUCCCGACCUUGAUGAAGGAGCUGGACGAACUCAAGGAGUUCGAUCCACAAGCACUGGAGAGAGUAUUCAUUUCAACACGUGCCCAUAUUCUUCUCGACAGCCAUCAGAUCAUCGACGGAAUUCUGGAGGCUGAGCAAGGAACGAAUUCCAUCGGCACAACGAAGCGGGGCAUCGGCCCUUGCUAUUCGUCCAAAGCUAUCCGCAAUGGCGUGCGGUUUGGCGACUUGCUGCACUUCGACGAGUUCGUUCGCAAGCUAAAGGAUCUCACGGCAGAAUCCUUAGUUGGCAAGGAGGUCCUGGAACCCGGCCCGGAAAAGCGGCGGAAGCGCGCUCCAGCAUCAGGCUACAUGCUCUUUAUCAACGAGAACUUUGCGCGAGUCCGGCAAGAGCUCGCGGAUGCAGUGGGCGACAUGCCAGGUUUCAGCGACAUUGCCAAGGAGGCAGCGGCUCAGUGGCGGUCGCUGCCGCGUGCGGACCAGACAGAGUACCACCGCCGCGCAGCUGCUGUGCGCGAGGCGGAGAGGCCCUCAGAGUCGUUGGUGCUCUGCGAGACGAGCGCGCUACGCUCUACGCAAGGUGCCUCCAAGGGCCGAGUCCAGUCACUACACUCCUUCAAGCGGAAGUGGAUGGAGCAAGAGUUGGCGAAGUGGGAAGCCAAGCUGAAGCAAGAGUGGGAAGCCUUCUCUUCAGACGAGGUGACCGCGCAGCUGAUGGCAUGGCGCGUCCGCGGACUCUCGGGGACCGACGAGUUCAAGAAGCGCCUGGGUUCCACGCUGGACGCGCUCAUCUCCCAGCGCAUGGCCGAGCCGAACGUGCCAGGGCUGAUGGGUCGACUGGGCCUCGGCAAUGCGCGGCUCCCGCACCCUGCAGCGCUGAAGUUGGAAUGGGAGGCGAAAUCUUUGCAGGGCAGUGGGGCGCAGCUGGAAGCAGCUGUGGCCCAUUGCCUGAGAAGCUUCCGGGAGAUGCCGCCGCGCAGCCUGGUGCCCUGGUGGUCCAUCAUUGCAAGCAGGGCACGCCGCCAGGAGGAGUGCCUGCGGCGCUUGCUUUGCAGCGAGGGCCUGGCGGGUUCCGCCGCAAGCGACCAGGACUCACAGGCCAUCCUCGAGUGGAGCGACUUCGAGGACUUCCGCGGGGAGCGCCGCAGCGGCGGGCUGCGGCUCCCGGGACGAGAUGAACUCGACCCACUCUGGGAGCUGUUGCAGGAGGAGGAGUAUCUCACGCUCAGUCAGGCCCUCACCCGCUUGGCUGGCUUCGCGGCCUUACUUGUCUUUUGUGAAGAGCAGUGCAGUUGGAUGACCUUCUGGGCCAUCCAUCCUGCCAGCAUGGUGAAGCCAAAGCCGGCCUGGUCUCAGAAGCGCUACAGCCAUCCUCGCGACAAGGAUUCCCCGGCGCAGCUGCAGCUGCGGCAGGCCCUGCGGGAGUACAACACCCAGUUCGCCUUCGACCCGGAAAAAGGCGCUAAGGGUGGUGUCAAGAACUUGGAGGAGGAGAUCGAGCGCUACAGGAGGUACUCAGAGAUCCUGCGAACGCAGAUUGUGGACUCCGUCACGCUGGUGCAUGGUGACAUCGCCCUGGGCGCCAAGGUACUGGUUGAGGGCGCCAAUGCUGCUCUUCUUGAUAUCGACUUCGGCACCUAUCCGUUCGUCACCUCUUCCAACACCACCGUUGGGAGCGUUUGCACUGGACUGGGUGUGCCACCCAAGCUGGUUGACACAGUCAUUGGGGUUGUGAAGGCCUACACCACGCGGGUGGGGCACGGGCCCUUCCCCACGGAGCUCCAGAACGAGAUGCAGUCCCUGGAGGACUACGAGGAGACGUUCAUCGGAACGGCGGCGACCUGUGAGCGCAAAGGCCAUUCAGGCGGACCAUUCAAGUUGGUGCCCGGCCAGCCUGUGAAGGUGGGCAUGAUGCUCCAAGAGGUGGGCGCCGAGUACGGCACCACCACCGGGCGGCGGCGGCGCUGCGGCUGGCUGGACCUCGCACUGGUGAAGUAUUCGGCCAUGGUCAAUGGCUUCGAUAGCCUGAACAUCACCAAGCUGGAUGUGCUGACUGGGUUGAAGCAGAUCCGAAUAGCCAUCGCAUACCGGAAUCGGCGCAUGACAGAGGUGCGCCUACCCAGCGGGUACUUCCCUUCGCACUUGGAUGACCUCAAGGAAGUGGUCUGCGAGUAUGAGACUCUGGAGGGCUGGUCAGAGGACAUCUCCAAGUGCACUAGCUGGGAGGCCCUCCCCGAGAAUGCCAAGAAGUACGUGCUGAGGAUUGAGGAGCUUCUUGGGAUCCCUGUGUCCUGGGUGGGAGUUGGGCCUGAUCGCAGCAGCAUGCUGAAGAUACCCACCAAGCGGCGGCGUGUGAGCGGCUUGCCGUACCCGAUCAGCGGUGGUAUCCUGGAAGGCUUGCCUGGCUGA